AUGCUACAAACGCAAGACGAGCGCGAGUCCGUAACAACCGAAGGUACCGACAUUGACAUUGAAGCAGACCUCGACCUAAUGGACGAGCACUCUUCGUUGACUCAAGCCGCCCAUCGUGACAAUCUUUCCCCCGUAUCGUCAUCGCCUUCGGUCCCGAACCAAAAGUCGCUCAAGUCCACUGCGUCGAAGGACCAGACCGAGUCGCACUUUCGAGCCACUGGCGCGUUACGUCAAGGGGUGACGCCCGAGCUAUUGUCGGCCGGCACGAUUGGGAUUCUCGCCCAGUACGCUGCAGUGGGCCUCGUCUACGGCGUCCUGCCCAGUACCAUUACGCCCUUUUUGACCUAUUACCUGAAUAUGGAAGGCACGGCCACCACAUCGGCGCGGGCGCUCCUGUCCAUUCCUUGGAGUUUUAAGGUCUUUAUUGGUGUGGUAUCGGACUGUGUACCGCUUUUUGGGUACCGUCGCCGCCCCUACAUGGUACUGGGCUGGUCGGUCACAGUAGUGUGUCUACUUGCGAUGGCGGCGUCACCGCUGGAGCGCCCGUACUUUUCUGACCCGAGCAUGCGACACGUCAAGCCCGCAGAUUACUCGCUCGAGAUGGUCCAGUCGCUCAACAAAAGUGCACCACAUAGUGGCGCCAAGUACAUUGUGCUCAUGAUGUUUGCGACAUUGGGGUACCUCUUUGCAGAUGUUGCAGCUGAUGCAGUGGUCGUCGAGUAUGCGCAGUGUGAACCCGAAGAAACGCGCGGGCGAACGCAGACGGCAAUUUAUACGGUCCGCACGCUAUUUAAUGUCGUCGCACAGACGAUCACGGGCUUUGGACUGAGCUCGCCGGACUAUGGCGGGAGUUUCGAGUUUGGGCUGUCGUUUCCAGACACGAUGUUGCUCUUGGCGAUGUUUUGUCUGCCAGUGAUUCCAAUGACGUGGAUGUUUGUGCGCGAACAAGUUGUGGUGGACCGACCGAGUUUUCAGACGUACGUUGGCCGCUUGUGGGCAGCGAUUCAGAGUCGAGCCGUGUACCAAGUGAUUGCGUAUAGUUUUCUAUCGGGUGUGUUUAGUGGAUUUACCUAUGUGGCCCAGGACCCCAUGACGUCGUAUUGGGUCCAUGCCACGAGCUUCAACUUGAGCUUGAGCAGUAUCUUUGGCAGCUUUGUGACAGUGGUUACGCUCACGUUGACUGGCAAAUACGGGCUGCAGUGGAAUUGGCGGACCAUGCACGUCGUCACGAUGGUGAGCGUGAUUGCACUUGACGCCAUAUGCACCAUGCUAGUAACGUGGGACAUUGUCCGGAAGCAGUGGUUUUGGCUGGGUGUAUCGAUUGUUGAGGCAGUGCCGGAUGCAGUUGGGUUCAUCAUUUCAACAUACGUGGUCGUGGAGCUAGCUGGUCACGGCAACGAGGGAGCGAUUUACGGCCUAUUGACAACGGUGAGCAAUCUGGGCGGACCCUUUGCCCUCACGCUGACAAAGAAUGUGAACGCCGCUUUCAAGGUGUUCAACGAGGACAUUUUGAAUGACACUGAGGAGGUGCGUCGCGACGUGACGAUCACGAUCCUGAUUUCGUACAUGAUGAAGCUCCUGGCACUGCUUUUUCUGCCGCUGCUGCCUCGUCAAAAGGCUGAAGCGCAGGCGCUGAAAAAGUCGGGAGGAAGCAGUCGACGCAUGGGCGCAAUCACCAUCACGUAUCUAUUGAUCGCGCUUGUGUGGGCGAUUUUGACAAACUUGCUGGGCAUCUUCGAAAGCACUCGAUGUUGGGUCAUUACCGGUGGCUGCAAGGAGUGA